CUACACCUUGAUAUAAUGUUAUGAGGUAUACUCAUUUAUCACAUGUACGUUCGGCACCGAUAAGGACGGACUCGGACGUCUCUUGUCACACGAAUAUAGUCCACAAUUUUAUUUUAAAAUGAAUGUUACGGUUAUUCAACGUUUUUUUGUGGCGAAUAUUUUAACUGCUGUUUAUAGUGGCUUAGUUGCAAUCGUUAUUUUCCUGGGGUCAUUGAUACAUCAACUUAAGAAUAUUGGUAAACAAAAGCCGAAAUUUGAUCCACCCGCAAGUCUUACUGAUCCAAAGUAUGGUGUGCAUAAAUAUAUCAAAGCUAAUAAUGUGAAAUUACAUUACGUUGAGAGUGGUAAUCCAUCUAAACCACUUAUGCUGUUUGUGCAUGGAUUCCCAGAAUUUUGGUAUACAUGGCGGCAUCAAAUUCUUGAAUUUAAUAAAGAUUACUGUUGUGUGGCACUAGAUAUGCGUGGUUAUGGAGAUUCAGAAAAACCAGAAGGAGUAUCUUCCUAUAAACUAGACAUACUUGUCGAAGACCUCCGGGAUUUUGUACAAAAAUUGGGUCGGAACAAGUGCAUACUUGUAAGCCACGAUAGGGGUGGCAUAGUUGCCAGUAAGUUUCGUGACACACAUCCUGAGUAUGUAGAUGGUUUAAUAAUGUUAGCAAGUAUAACCAGAGAAUCUUGGCAUGGAGAGAUUUGGGGUAACCUUAAGCAGCAUUUCCUUUCAUGGUAUACUUUAUUUUUCCGCGUGCCAAAGUUACCUGAGUGGGGACUACAGAUGCGAGAUUUAGGAAUUUUUGAUGUUAUGUUAAAACAUGGUGACAAAAACGCCGAUAAGGAUACUAUUGAUUGCUACAAAUACACUUUUAGUAAACCGGGUUCCUUCACUCCACCGGUAAACUACUACCGAGCGAUAUUCUCUUUGUCAUGCCCAGAGAAAUACAUAGAUAAUAAUGUACCAAUGCUUGUCGCUAACGCAGAGAAAGAUAUAGCACUAAGUCCAAACUUAUUAAAUCGUAUGAAGGAGGAAUACAAGUAUAUUGAAACAAUGCUAGUAGAGGACACACUUCAUUUCUUACAAGAACAGAAACCAGAAAAAGUCAACAAGAUUAUGAGAAAAUUCCUCGCUAAGCAUAAAUUAUAGAUUUAGAUCAUAAUUAAAAAAUUACAUUGCA